CGCCGGCUUCCGGAACCUGCUGGAGGGGCUGGCGCGGGAAGUGCUGCGGGAGCAGCCCACCGACGUGGUGGCCUUUGCAGCGCAGUACUUCCAAAAGCUGCUGGAGAGCAGAGAGGCUGGUGGCAUUGACCCGGUGGCGUGGGGAGCCAUGCUGGAGGACGACCGUCUCACCUGGCCUCCUUCCGAGGACCUGAAAGAGGCCAAGGACACGGAGGGGUAGCAGGCAGCACCGGCAGGGGCAGGCAGCAGGCACAGCUCUGGAUCACUGUGAUUGCACCCCAAAAUGAGUGGAGAGGAGCCAAAGGGGAGCAUGUCCCCAUAACCCUCAUGAACUGGGACGCCUCUCUGGAGAUGCAACUGCAACACUUGCCCCAAUUCCCCCAUUUCCCACUGUCCAACCCCAAAACUAAAAAAAGCCCCUUGGUCCUCCCCUGGCUCCUGCCCUUUUCCCGUGGGUGGGUGCUGCACUCCCAUCCUGCCCCUGCGGUGCUGUUUUAAUGAGGAAUUUUAUUAACGAGGUCCCCGCUGUUAUUAAUGUCGAUCACCUGAGAUUUCUCCCCGAAAAAUCCUGGGUUUGGGGCUGAGCUGAGUACGGGAUGAUAUUUUUAGCCUCUAUAUUUAGGCCCCUGCAUCCCUGGGGGAUGGAAGAAACUUCAUAACAUCCCAGCGUGAAGGAAUGAUGUGACAUUGCUCCUCCAUAAGCUGAGAUACCUCCAUGGAAUUCUGGGGGGCACACAAGAGUCCCCCAGUCCUAUUUCUACUUGUGAAAUUCAGAUUUUCCAAUACAGCGUGGUUUCAAAAUC